AUGGCUUGUGCACUAGUGCUAGCCAUACUCAUCUCAACGAUUUUGCAUCCGUUGUCGGUGACAACAUUGGCUGAUGAAACCGACGAGAACCGAGACGCUCUGCUCUGCCUCAAGUCCGGCCUCUCCAUCACCACAUGGAACACCACAUCACCUGAUUUCUGCAGUUGGCAAGGUGUCUCAUGCACGACGCAGCCACAACUACCUCUAGUGGUGGCCUUGGACAUGGAGGCACAAGGUCUCACCGGUGACAUCCCGCCCUGCAUCUCCAACCUCACCUCGCUGGUGAGAAUCCACAUGGCAAACAACCAGCUCUCUGGUCAUGUGCCGCAGGACCUUGGCCGGCUCACUGGACUCCAGUACCUCAACCUCAGCUCCAACAUGCUCAGUGGCGAGAUCCCCCCAUCUCUGUCAUCAUGUGCUGGCCUCGAGGUCCUGUCGCUGAGCAGCAACUCUAUUGGAGGUGCGAUCCCACCAAGCUUCGGUACGCUUCGCAACCUUUCCUCUCUAGACUUAGCCAGCAAUGAACUUUCUGGUGAGAUUCCCCCUCUACUCGGGAGCUCACCGGCUCUGGACUCUGUCACUCUCACCAACAACUUUCUCAACGGAGAAAUCCCGAAGUUUCUGGCAAAUUGUUCUUCGCUCCGGUACCUUUCUCUAGAUAACAACAGUAUUUCUGGGGCAAUACCGGCAGCACUUUUCAACAGCUCAACCAUCACAGAGAUACAUCUCCGGAUGAACAGCCUUUCUGGGCCAAUUCCACCUUUCAUAAACAUCCCUUCACAGCUCACAUACCUCGAUCUCACCAGUAAUAGCCUCACCGGAGCUUUGCCGCACUCAAUAGGCAAUCUGACAUUGCUUACAGGGACAGUGCCACCGUCAACUUACAAUUUUCCUUUCUUGAGUUUCCUUGGGUUGGCCGACAAUAACCUGAGAGGAACACUUCCUUCUGAUAUGGGGAACACUCUCCCUAACAUUACUGCACUGGUGAUGUCUAAUAAUCAUUUUGAGGGUGAGAUCCCUGCAUCCCUAGCCAACGCCUCCAGCAUGGAGUUCAUGUAUCUCGGCAACAACUCGCUGAGUGGGGUGGUUCCUUCCUUCGGUUCCAUGCCGAAUUUGCAGGUUCUCAUGCUGCACUCAAACCAGCUAGAAGCUGGAGAUUGGACAUUCUUCUCAUCCUUUGCAAAUUGUACACAGCUGCAAAAGGUCAACUUGGGCGAAAACAGACUGCGCGGGAGCUUCCCGGCAGGUUCUGUAGCGAACCUACCGAAAAGUUUGGAUGGCUUGACUCUUCGGUCAAACUACAUCUCUGGCACCAUUCCCUUGGAGAUCGGAAACCUGUCUAAAAUUUCCCUACUUUAUCUUGAUAAUAAUAUUUUCACAGGGCCUAUACCUUCUACUCUUGGCCAGCUAAGCAAUUUAUUUAUCCUUAGCCUGUCACAAAACAAGUUUUCCGGAGAAAUUCCGUCUUCCAUUGGUAACUUGAAUCAGUUGACGGAACUUUAUUUACAAGAAAACCAAUUAAGUGGAACCAUGCCUGCAACUUUAGCUGGCUGCCAGAAAUUGGUGGCACUAAACCUUUCCAGCAAUGGCCUCAAUGGGAGCAUCAGAGGGCACAUGUUCAGCAAAUUGAAUCAACUGAGUUGGUUACUUGACCUGUCACAUAACCAGUUCACAGAAUCUAUACCUUCAGAAAUUGGUAGCUUGAUAAACCUUGGUUCCUUGAGCCUCUCACACAACAAACUCACAUCCAAAAUCCCAUCAACACUUGGUGCAUGUGUCCGGUUAGAAUCACUUCGUCUAGAAGGGAACCUCCUGGAAGGAAGCAUUCCACAAUCAUUGGCAAACCUCAAGGGUGCCAAAGCAUUAGAUUUCUCCCAAAACAAUUUAUCCGGUACAAUACCAGAAUUCCUUGAGAUAUUCACUUCACUGCAGUACCUGAAUAUGUCGUUCAACAACUUUGAGGGGCCAGUUCCAAUAGGUGGAGUCUUUGCCAACACUAGCAAUGUUUCUGUCCAAGGAAAUGCACUUCUCUGUUCAAAUGUUCGAGUCGACGAUUUGCCCAGGUGCCCCACCUUAGCAUCUAAGAGAAGCCGCAAGUUUAUCGUUCGAUUGUUGGCAGCUCUGUCAGCUGUUGUUGCAUUGGCCUUGAUCCUAGGGCUGGUCUUCCUUGUUUUCCAUAUCUUGAGAAAGAGGAGGUGGAAAUCCAGUCAGUCCAUUGGCCAGACAUAUAUGGAGCUAAAAAGGCUAACAUAUAAUGAUGUGAGCAAAGCAACGGAUAGCUUUUCUCCAACCAACAUAGUUGGCUCCGGGCAAUAUGGUAUUGUGUAUAAAGGUCAGUUAGAUGGAGAAGACGCCUCGGUUGCUGUCAAAGUGUUCAAACUUAAUCAGUAUGGUGCAGUGGAUAGCUUUAUUUCUGAGUGCAGAGCUUUGCAAAGCAUCCGGCACCGAAAUCUCGUGAGGGUCAUAACUGCAUGCUCAACUUACGAUCCGGCUGGGAAUGAGUUCAAAUCUCUAGUCUUUGAGUAUAUGGCAAAAGGUAGCCUUGAGAGCCGACUUCAUGCUAAGCUCAAUAAGGAUGCCGAUUUGAGUUUGGGGACGGUGAUAUGCAUAGCAGUUGACAUUGCAGCUGCUCUGGAAUACCUUCAUAACCAAUGCAUCCCACCAGUGGUUCACUGUGAUAUGAAGCCAAGCAAUAUACUCUUUGAUGAUGAUGAUACUGCCCAUGUGUGUGACUUUGGGCUAGCAAGGUUAAUUCGUGGUUAUUCAUUUGGAGUUCAGAGCAACUCGACAAGCAUACUUGGACCGAGGGGAUCUAUUGGGUAUAUUGCUCCUGAGUAUGGAAUGGGCAGUCAGAUCUCAACUGAGGGUGAUGUAUACAGCUAUGGCAUUAUACUUUUGGAAAUGCUAACAGGGAAACGACCUACCGAUGAAGCGUUCAGUGAUGGCCUUACACUCCACAAGUAUGUAAAUGCAUCACUGUCAGAAACUGAACGUAUUCUUCGCCCCAGCCUUAUGCCAAAAUUUGGAGACCAGCCUACUGACCCUAAACCAAAAAUUGACGAAUACAAGCCAACUACAGUGAUGGAUAUAUGUGCUCUCCAACUCCUUAAACUUGGCCUGUUAUGCUCCGCGGAGUCACCAAAAGAUCGCCCAAGCAUGCAUGAAGUUUAUAGUGAAAUAAUUGCAGUAAAAGAAGCAUUCUUCUCUAUGAACAUUUGA